UCUUUUUCCUAGCAAUACUAUUUCCCACUUUUCUGUGCUCCUCCCUCUUCCACACUAUAGCCAUAUAUAUCCUUGUCUUUUUAACCAUCUCUAGCUAGACCUCCCUGUCCUUUCUCUAAGGGCAAAGCUCCGUAUAAAUUGAAGGGCAGUUUGCUCACCACAGUAGAGAUUGUUGGGUUUAGUGUUACCCUAGAACGGACAUUUGGCACUAUGAAGGAGGGUGGCAGGAAACAAGGUGCACCCGCACCAUGUGCAGCAUGCAAGCUUCUAAGGAGAAGGUGCGCCCAAGAUUGCGUGUUUGCCCCUUAUUUUCCAGCAGAUGAGCCCCAGAAGUUUGCUAAUGUGCACAAGGUUUUUGGUGCGAGUAAUGUCAACAAGAUGUUACAGGAACUACCGGUGCAUCAGCGAGGAGAUGCGGUUAGCAGCAUGGUGUAUGAAGCUAAUGCCAGGGUGCGUGAUCCAGUGUAUGGGUGCGUGGGUGCUAUAUCAUCUCUACAGCAACAAAUUGAUGCCCUUCAGACCCAGUUGGCACUGGCUCAGGCAGAGGUGGUGCACCUGCGAGUGAGGCAGACAGCAACACUAUCAAACCACGGGCUAAGUCCUGCUAGCCCGAGUAAUAGUGGGUCGCCAUCUUCUAGGCUCAUGGGGUCCCAAAUGAAGCCGAUGUUCGACAUGGAUAUGGUGGAUCACACCAGCUUGGGAGAGUCAAUGUGGUCAUGCUAGGAUACGCAUGCUACCUUUUUAUGCCAUGCCUACCCUUACUACUACUAUAUCUAGGUUGAUUCUGUCUCCAAUGUUUUCAAUCUACAUAUAUAUAUUUUUUAAUUUUGAUAUUGUCGUUAUGAAUCCAUAUGGGUAAAGGGGUAUAGCACAAAAUAUUAGUAGUGAUGAUAAUGGUGGCAGUAAUUAUAGUAGUGAUGGUGGCAGUGGUAAUGAUAGUAGUAAUUAUCUCAACGUAAAUUUAUUUAGAUAUUUUGUUUUUAUUUUUAGAUUAACUAAUUUAACACUAUAGUAAUUAGUUAUAUACUGGUUGAUUGUGGACUUUAUGGGUAAACAUUGGAUGGAUUUUCCAUAUAAGCUAAGUAAUAUAUUGACUUUGGUUUUCCCUCUUUUGUUUUUAGUCAUGGUGCAAUGUUUUCACUUUGGUUGAUAAUGUGCAGAUUCUUUAAUGAUUUUGUAUAUUGUGUUUUUAUAAGAAUAUCAGAUGCUCAUAUUUGUACACAUCUAUCCCCAACUUUCCAUCGAUGGGACUGGAAUCGAGAGGUUGGAAAGUCUAUUAUAAGAUACGUGAAGAAUUAGUAACGGACACAAGCAUCUACUGAUAUAGACUUGCAUGCCAGAUCAACUGUUUGUGAUUUGCACAAAUCCUGAUUUUUUUAUUUUUUUUCCCUUUUAAUCUGCGAGUAAUUCGUGCUAAUUUAGUAGGAAAGCAUACCCAUGAUGGUUAGUUUUAGUUGCUGAAGCUACAAAAAGCAAGGAAUGGGCUUCAAAUGCUAGCAGAAAACUUGCCUGUAAUUUGGCCCAAUGAAAAGACUUGUCAAACUUCAAGUUUUUGCCUCCAUAGAAGGAAGUCAUGGGCACCCAUUAUCCAAAUUUACUCUCAAGUGUAAGCCCGUUAAGCGUGUUUAUCAAACCUUCGAGGUCGGUGUAUUUCAUCUUCUUCCCCCGAGUAUGUCAGAGAAACUUUAAGAGUGAAAUGUUUAUCGCAGCAGCCUUCCUGAUUAUUUCUAGCAACAAUCCUAAAUGUCACCAAAUAGAUCAACUACUUUACUCCAGAGCAAGUUUCUUUUUCUAGGAAGAGCUGCGAGCGAUAAUAAGCAAGUGAGUCAGCUAGUCUACUCUCUAUGUUUUUUUAGUCCUCGCUGGAGCAUGAAUGGCAUGGCACAUUGCUCGGUGAUUUUUGGGUUGCUGUAAAGUAAUUUCCUUUUAAAAAAUAAAUUUCUGUUUUUUAACGUUUAAUAAUAUUAUAGAAAAUAAGUUAUGGUAAAUUAGUCAACUUCUUACCACACAAGAAAAAAAAAACAUUGUCUUGAGAUUUUCGCAGUGUCCAACAUAAGCAUUCGAUACAUACAAGUAAAUGUUCAGAAAUAAAACACAAGAAACCUCCCCCUCCUCGUCAACACACGAUCCCAAGCAAUGCACCACUCCCGCACUCCUUUCCUUGGCCAGACCCUCAAAUAUAUCUGUACCAAAGUAGUAGUAGUGAUAAAAACAAAAUCAACAUUGGCAUUAGCAUCAAAGAACCAAAUUAAAUAAGCACAUAGUUUUUAGUUUAAUUUUUGGCCCAUUAAUUAAUCCCGCCACCAAUCACUAAUGAACCAGUCCAAAAUGCCAUACACACACAAAAAAAAAAAAAAAAAAAAAAAAAAAAAAAAACUAGUUCAUUGAAUAGUAUGAAUAAAAUGGGAACAAAAUCCCCACACCAGUUUUCAAUAGACCUCAUACUCUUAACUACACUUACAAUUUGGACCUGCCUAUGGAAGUAAAUGGAAAUUCUACUAGAAAUAUGGUAUUUGGUUAUAAUUUAAUUAUAUAAUUUAUGUUUAUGGAAGAUUCUCCGUCCAUAUCUGAUUAAUUUCUAAGUGAAUAAAGCAUGAAUGAUCUAAAAAAA